AUGAAGUUUAUAAAGUCCAGCACAACUAAGCAAUACAAUCACUUUGGUUCACAGGAUACGCAAGUGGCAUUAGGCCAUAUAGGCUGCACAUGCAUGUGUGCGAGUAUGAGAGAGAUUCUCUAUAUUGGGUUUCAAAUCCCAAACUUAACUAGCCAGAAACAAAGCACUAACAUGAAUGGCAUCACAACACUCCCUUGCAAAUGCCCUAACACAUGUCAACAACCAAGAAGAAGUUUACGAAGUCCAGCACAAAUAAGCAACACAAUCACUUUGGUUCACAGGAUACGACAGCAGCACUAG